CGCGGAAAAAAAGUUCAAGAAAUCUAAUCGCGAUAUCGUCCAUUGGAGUCUUUGAAGCCGUAAUGCCUUCACAAACAAGUCUGAGCUCUGAAGAGCUGAACAGGCGAAAGCUUGUUGGUAUCAACAAGGAGACAGUUACAAAUACGAUAUCGACUGAUUAUCCUGGCGCACACUAUGGCGAGGAGCACGCCUGGGACGUGAACGAGUUUUCCCAGCAUCUCAACAUACAAUUCCACCAGAAUGACCCCAGCCUAGCGUCAUUCAGUCUAAUCGGCGUCGACGCCUCCAUCGCAAAUGCCUUCCGCCGUAUCAUGAUCGCCGAGAUCCCCUCCCUCGCCAUCGAGCGAGUUUUCAUAACCAACAACACCUCUGUAAUACAGGAUGAGGUGCUCGCCCAACGCCUGGGUCUCGUCCCACUCAAGGGAUCCAAGGAGGGCCUGCGCAAGUUCAUGAAGCCCUUCAAGAGGACCGAGACGGGCGGCUUCGACAACUCGUUCGACUUCAACACAGUGAACCUCCGGCUCAACGUCAAGUGCACCCGGAACCCCGACGCGAAGCCGGGUGAGAAUGACCCGAACAAGGCCUACAUCAAGCCCAACGUCUACGCCAGCGACAUCGAGUUCGUGCCCGCCGGCCAGCAGACCGACUACUUUUCGGGCGACGGCGCCAUAGUGCCCGUGAACCCGGACAUCCUGAUCGCCAAGCUGCGGCCGGGCCAGGGCAUCGACCUCGAGAUGCACGCCCACAUCGGCUACGGCUGGGACCACGCAAAGUUCUCGCCCGUCUGCACUGCCUCGUAUCGCCUCAUGCCCAUCAUCGACAUCGUCAAGCCCAUCGUCGGCGCCGACGCCGAAAAGUUCCGCGACUGCUUCCCCGACGGCGUCAUCAGGCUGCAGCCCGUCACCGCCGCCGAGGCCAAGGAGAAGGGCAGCGGCUACGAGGGCCACAAGGGCGAGAUGAAGGCCGUCGUCAACGACCCCAUGCGCGACACCGUCAGUAGGGAGUGCCUGCGACAUGCCGAGUUCGAGGGCAAGGUCAAGUUGGGCCGCAGGCGGGACCAUUUCAUUUUCUCGAUUGAGAGCGCCGGGCAGUGGGAUAGUGAUGAGCUCUUCCUGGCUUCCAUCGCGGAGCUCAAGUCCAAGUGCAAGAAGCUAGAGGAGCAGGUUCUUAACAUGGUUAGGUGAAUGAAAGCAUAUUAUCGGCUGUUUCUUGUCAAUACUUGUACGUUUCAUCUUCAGGGGCUGCUAAAGAAAACGUUGCUCAUCUGGCAUUUUCCGAUCUCUUGUGCGGAUUCCGGUUUUGUUUUUACAUAGAUUUUUCAUUGGGCACGGCGUCUAGGCAAGGUUUGGUACUGAAGAAAAAAAACAUUAUAUCCACCAACAAAAUGUUUUUUGUCUAUGCUUUAAGAGGACAUAUCAGAUUCGAUUCGGCCCAAUCCGAGAAAACAUCGCUUCCAAGUAUGCAUCAAAUUCAAAAAGGUUGACUGGACAAGCUUAC